UCCUUGUCUCACAUCUUUCUUUUUUAUUUCUUUUCAAGGCUAGUGGGCUGGCAGGCUGCAGCAGGCAAAGAAGAAAGUGUGGCAUGUUCCCCCGUCUCUUGUGAGGACCUCCCUGCGGUGACACGCGCCAUUGUCGUCGUUUUCCAGAUUUUUAGCACAGCUCCUAUCAUCAUCCUCUUCACAAUAGACGGAUAGAAGUUUUUGAAUUAUGUAUCACCAGCCUCCUCCAAAUGUUGACUCUACAACGUCAAUUGAGGGUAUGUCUGGAGCUCUGCCCUCCAAGACACCAGUAUCCCUCCUACAAGAAUUAUGUAUGAGACGUGGGAUUUCCCCAAAAUAUGAUUUACUGCAAAUAGAAGGUGCAGUUCAUGAGCCAACAUUUGUAUACAGAGUAACUGUUGGAGAAUUUGCUGCAAAUGGCUCUGGCCAGAGCAAAAAAAAGGCCAAACACGCAGCUGCCAAAGCUGUGUUGGACAUCAUAAUCCAGGGUGGUGCGGCAAGUACUGGAGGUCCCACAACUGGUGGUCCACCUGGUGCACCACCUGAACUGUCUACUCAGAUAGUAUCCCCUUAUGAUGAUGGUAUUCCAGGGAAUCCUGUAGGAUCCUUGCAGGAGCUGUGCAUGGCGCGUCGGUGGCCCCCUCCCACAUAUGAGCUCACUUCGGAGGAGGGCUUCCCUCAUGAGAGGACUUUCUCCAUUGCUUGCACAAUUGGCACCACCAAAGAAGUGGGUACAGGAAAGAGCAAAAAGUUGGCCAAGAGACAGGCUGCAUAUAAGAUGACUCAGCGAUUGAAAGAUCAGCCAGUUGAACAGCCUCAAGUCAAUGUGCUUGCAGAUGAUGACGACGAGAUCGCCCAGAAGCUUGCAGCAAGGUAUUCUGGCUUGAAGGACUCGAAGGUGCUGUCUCUUAACACCAGUGACUCGCGGAAGGUGAGUCACUUCCACAAGAACUUAAAGCAGUCACCCGGCAAGAAGCUGCUGGAGCUACAGACAAUGUCCUUGAAUAACAUAAAUCUAAAUUUCACCCAAAUUCUUCAAGAUGUUGCACAGGAAGCUAAUUUUGUUGUUACUUAUGUAGAUAUUGAGGAAUUAUCAAUAUCAGGUCAGCACCAGUGUUUGGUUCAAUUGUCAACAAUGCCUGUGGCUGUGUGUUAUGGCACAGGUCCAAGUCUGAAGGAAGCUCAAUCAUCUGCUGCACAUAAUGCAUUGGAAUAUUUAAAGAUCAUGACCUGCAAAUAAAGCCCCACCCCCUUCUUAAGCAGCUGUGGAGAAGGGAACUGUUUGAAGGAAGUAUAGAGGGAGCUUUUAAUUAUCCAGUAUACCAAUGAAAGAUACCAGGUGUUGAGUGUCCCCUCUUAAUCAGAGACUUGGUACAAGUCAGAAGAUGUUUUGCACCCUCUUUUUGAGUGGCCAUUCUUACUGGCUGAGGAGAUUUCAACACUGUAGAAUCUUAAAAUAUCUAUGUAACAGCAGAAAAUUGCAGUAUAUAUGUAUAUAUUGCAGACCAAAAAAAUGAAAAACUCAUUCGCAAGAAUGGAAAAAAAAGUUACUUCUGUAACAUAAAAAAAAUUAGAAACUCGGAUCAGAAAUCUUGCAUGAUGUCUGUGGUACCUGUGGUCAACAUGCAACUCAAGAACCAGGCAGAAAUUGUAACUGCAGAAAUUUUUUUUUUAUUUAAUUUUUUAAUUUUUUUUUUUUUUUUGCUAAUAGUAGUUAUAGUUAAUAAUGAAAUAACAAGCAUUGAAUCCCAUAUUAGAAAAAAAUUUAAAUCGUAAAGUAAAAAAUUAGUUCACUUGGUAACUAAAAAAAAUCUGUAAGUACACAAAUAUUUACGUCUGCCUGGACAUUACAUUUUGACCUCACAGAGAUCCUGGUCAGAGUUUGCUCGUUGUGUGCAUCUGCUAUACUUUGCAUAGAACUAGUGAAGUGUGUGGUAGAGCACACGCUGGCUGACUUGGCCUCCAUGUUGCAGAUCAGUGAAAUGGUGUAAAGAAAGUCAAAAUAGUACCUGACAUUAUUCUAGUACAAUUAUUGUAGGUCAUAUGUUAUUUCUGAAAAUUACGUUUGAGUAUCAAUGGACACAGCACCAUGGUAGCAAAGAUGGAGUAAAAGUCAACCAGUGUGUGGCCUCCUGAUUAUGAAUGUACUGUAGUCUUGGUCCAGGUGUAGGUGUCGGUAGUGGAGUAAGUUGACAGGGUGGAUGGUUGGGUCACUUCUUUUAAUCUCCCAUUUCCAUCUUGGAACUUGAGAAUUAGAUUUAUAGUUACUGACCAUUUUAUAGAAAUGAUCAUGCUGGAAAUCAUACAAAUACAUGCAUUCUGUUGCAGCUUACUUGUGUAGUGUGGAAAUUUUCAAAAAUUUGUUCCUCCAACCCUUGCAAGUUACUCCAUACUGCAACUUAUAAUAAUGCUUUAUCCAGUAAGCUGUUACAUACAUAAUUCUUUUAGCUAAUGGGCAUUCAUUAAUUAAAUGCAAAGUAUAGAUGUUGGAUGAUCGUCGGAUUAUGUGAUGGGCUGCUCACAGGAGUCAAAAUGGAAACAUUCUAGAAGUAUUUAAGAUUUUCAUAAUUCAAACAGAUUUUCCUUGGAAGAUUUUAGUUUCAUGUAGGGUCCACUGAAGUUAUAUCUACUGUAUAAAUUUUAAGUUAGGUAUUCAGAUUUAUGUACACUAAUUUCCAGUAAUGUAAAGUUUAUUACGUUGAUGGAAAUAAUAGUUGUAUUUAUCAAUUUAUAUUUAGGCAUGCUGUUUGACAAACUGUAAUCUGCUUUUCGAAGAAACAAUAACUAAUUAAAAGGGAUGAAUUUGUACUGAGUUCAUCAUAAAUAAAGUAACAGUGGAGUAGAAAUAAAUGCAUUUUCAAACAAGCAUAGCUAAUAACCUGUGAGCAGCAAGGCCAUACCCCAAAGAAUAUUAAAGAAACUUCAGAAGUAAAUUUCUGUUGUGGGUGUGGUCUGGAAUGUAAAGCCCAUUGUCUGCGUGAGACAGCACACAGAGGGAUGAAUUGAAACACCUUGGUGGUAUCUACAAUUAGCAUGCUUGAGGAACCUUGAAUUGGACCCUUAACGUGUGUAUUGGUGUUUCGUUCAGUAGGAAUGCCCGCAGAGUGUGUGUGGUACUGUUGUCAUCUGUCUGUGUGCUGGCUUUAUUUUUUUAAUCACCUUGUUCAGUCUCCAUCAAAUGUUGCACAAAACACUGGGUUUUGCAAAUGGGUAUGUCAAGCCUGUUCAGAAGUGUUCAUCAUUAUUAUUAUUAUUAUAUUGCAUGAGUGUUAGUGCAUGUUGUAAGUCUAAUAAUAAUAAUUUGUUAUUUUACUACUUUUAAUCCUUUUAUAUUUUGGGUUUAUCUUUUAUCAAUUUCUGUUAUAGAUAUAUAAAUUAAUUCUACAAUUACUUUAUAUAAACUUUGAUGGAGACUGACUGAGAGUGAUUUCUCAUUAGGUGUUUCACUCCAAACAAGUGUAAGUCAUUACAAACUUCUCAAUGAUGGUGUCAGUUUUGUUUGGGUGUCAUCUAAGAGCUUCAUAGAUUUACUAGCCAGUCCCAUGCAUCUUUUGGGGAGAGUUGUGCUCAAAUAGUUCUCAUUGCCCAGAACUCCACAGUAAUAUUUUUAACAGAGGGGACAGUAUUGGAAUAAUAGCGAGGUGUGUUUUGUGGGGUCAGCUUUAGUAAACCUUUGAAGCACUGAAGUAUAUAUAUAUAUUUUUUUUGUGAAUUUCUAGUACAGUACAAUUCUUAUUUUGCGCAGAUUAUCUUUUCACUAUGGCAUCCAGAAGUAGAGUGCAAGAUGGCUUGCAUUCCCUUCGACUUUUUAUUUUGAGAGGAUUUAAAAUUCUGUCCUCUAAAUAACUGUGUCAGCUAUUGACAUGCAAGUGUAUUAAUUGGUCAAAGUCUAAAUAAAUAUUUUCUUCGAUAUCCUCUGUAGGUAAUAUAGAACCAAAUAUACACAUCAAUUGUCAGAAACAUGCAACAAAUGACAGUAAUCCACUAGCAUGUCCAUAGUUUAUACAUUGUUUAUAAUAUUUCAUUUAAGCUUAAGAUAUCAAAUCUCCAGUUACAUGUUUAGAGAAAACUGUAUAAGUAACAUCUUUUAAAAAGUAUGAAAUGCUAUAAUUGGCGGGGCACUCAGAUACUAUGAAAAAGGAUGAACAACGUUUCAGGAUUUAUGUUGUUAGUUGAAUAUAUCUUUGUGUCUUUCCAAUAUCCUCUAUUUAUUAUGUUAUAUGAGUCUGCACCAUGAUAAAUUUGCCAAACUCA